CUUUCAAGUUCAUUUCUUGGAUUCUUCCCACUUUUAAAGGUCUCCUGUUCUCAUUUUCCUUCCUAUGGAAACACUAUAUAAUUGGUUCUCUCGUUGCUAUACAGCACCAAAGGGAAGAAAAAAAUUGUUCUUGAGCCUUUGCUUUGCCUUAACGUUGAGCAUAUUGUUUAGAUGAUUAGUUUAACUGAACCGGAGUGUUUGAUAUCUGCAGUGGGUGCUCUUCGUGAAAUUGCCAUACAAUUAGGGAAAACAAACUGGAAUUUCAGUGUAGACCCUUGCAGUAAUCACUCAAGCUGGAGAACUGCAGAAAUAGAUCCAAGGAAAUUGUACAAUAAUACUCUCUUCUGUAAUUGCUCCUUCCCUGGUAAUGUCUGCCACGUCGAUAGCAUAUAUCUUAGAGGACAGGAUCUGCCUGGUGUACUUCCACCAUCGUUGGUGAAGCUACGGCACAUUAGGGUCGCUGAUUUUUCACGGAACUACCUGAAUGGUACAAUACCACGCGAAUGGACAUCUACAAAGUUAGAGAGCUUGUCUGUUACUGUCAACCGGUUAUCGGGACCUAUUCCAUCCUACUUAGGGAAUAUUACCACACUCGUAAAUCUGACCCUUGAGAGCAACAAUUUUUCUGGACAUAUUCCACAAGAACUUGGGAAAUUGUUUAACUUGGAGAAGCUCGUUCUUAAUGCUAACAAUCUCAAAGGAACGUUACCCCGGGCUCUCACAAGUUUGACCAAGUUAAGAGAAUUUAGGAUUAGCAGCAACAACUUCACUGGAAAGGUACCCAAUUUUUUUCAAAAUUGGAAACAACUCCAAAAGUUAGAGAUCCAAGCCAGUGGUUUUCAGGGCCCAAUUCCUCCUAGCAUCUCUUCCUUAAAUAACUUAACAGAACUAAGAAUUAGUGACCUAAAUGGAGGAGUUUCACAGUUUCCAUCCUUAAGAAACAUGAAAAGCAUACAAAACUUGAUGUUGAGGAGCUGUGGCAUAUCAGGAAAAAUACCUGAUUAUUUAUCAGAAUUGUCAGAACUAAAAAUUAUUGAUCUCAGUUUCAACAGAUUAGUAGGAAUUAUUCCAAAUUUUGCGAAUCCAACAAAGAUUGAGUACAUGUAUUUGACAAACAACUCACUCAGCGGUCCCAUUCCUGACUGGAUCAAGAGCUCAAAUAGUCGCAGUGCGGUAGAUCUUUCUUACAAUAAUUUUUCAGAAGACUCAGUACUACCCACUUGUCGGGAAACAUUAAACUUGUUCAAAAGCUCUACUGGAGGAAAGAGUUUACAACUCAGUGAGUGCCUGCAGAGCUAUCCGUGUUCAAAACAUCAAUAUUCUUUGUAUAUAAAUUGUGGUGGGGGAAAAACUACUAUAGGAAACAUUAACUAUGAAGCAGAUUAUGACCAAGGGGGUGCAGCAAAAUAUGUUCCCACGGGAUCCAAUUGGGAAGUUAGUAGCACAGGACAUUUCUGGGAUACGAACCCCAGUUCCAAUGACUAUGUAGCACAUAACGUAUCGGUACUCAGGAUGAAUGACUAUGACUUGUACACAACAGCACGCCUGUCUCCCCUUUCGCUCAUUUAUUAUAUCCGCUGCUUAGGAAACGGAAACUAUACUGUGAAACUUCACUUUGCAGAAAUAGUAAUAAGAGACAAUAGUUCUUUCUACAGUCUUGGAAGGCGGUUAUUUGAUGUUUAUAUCCAGGGAACACGCAGGUUGGAGGAUUUUAACAUUGAAAGUAAAGCAAAAGGGGUUGAUAAGGAAUACAUUCAUGAAUUUACCGCUGUUACUGUGAGGGAUAAGACUUUGGAGAUCCGCUUUCUUUGGGCUGGGAAAGGGACAGCAGCUGCCCCAAAGAGGGGAACAUAUGGCCCCCUGAUAUCAGCUAUCUCAGUGAAAUCUGAGUUUAAACCUCCAAAUGAUAGACAAAAGAAGAUAUUCAUUGUGGUUGGAGCUGUAGUUUUGCUUUUACUCCUAGUUAUCAUGAUGUUGGGUGCUCUUUGGUGGAAAGGCUGGUUGUGGGACAGAAUAUCAAGGGAAGAAGAACUUAGAGGAUUAGAUCUGAAAACUGGUAUAUUUACCUUGAGACAAAUCAAAGCGGCCACAAACAACUUUGAUGCAGCAAACAAAAUUGGGGAAGGUGGUUUUGGAUCUGUCUACAAGGGCGUACUAUUGGAUGGUACCAUAAUUGCGGUUAAGCAGCUGUCUUCAAGAUCAAAGCAAGGAAAUCGUGAAUUUGUGAAUGAAAUAGGCAUGAUAUCUGGUCUACAACACCCAAAUGUUGUUAGACUAUAUGGAUGUUGUGCUGAAGGAAAUCAAUUAUUGCUAGUAUAUGAAUACAUGGAAAACAAUAGUCUUGCACAUGCUUUAUUUGGUACAGAAGAAGUCCAACUGAUACUGGAUUGGCCAACUAGACAGAGGAUUGGUAUUGGAAUCGCGAAAGGUCUGGCUUUCCUGCACGAGGAAUCUCCACUGAGAAUUGUUCACAGGGACAUCAAAGCUACUAAUGUAUUACUUGAUAAGGACAUGAAUCCUAAGAUCUCUGACUUUGGUCUAGCCAGGCUUGAUGAAGAGGAAAACACCCACAUCAGCACCAGAGUUGCUGGAACUAUAGGAUACAUGGCACCAGAAUAUGCAUUAUGGGGCUAUUUGACCUAUAAGGCAGAUGUUUACAGUUUUGGGGUAGUUGCAUUGGAAAUUGUUGCUGGAAAGAACAACAUGAAAUACCGACCAAAUGAAAAUUACGUAUGCCUUCUGGACUGGGCUCUUGUUUUACAACAGAAAGGCAAUCUUAUGGAGCUAGUGGAUCCAAAAUUGGGUACAAAGUUUAACAAAGAAGAAGCAAUGAGAAUCAUAAAGGUAGCUAUGUUGUGCACUAAUCCAUCACCAGCGCUUAGGCCUACAAUGUCUGCAGUUGUGAGCAUGUUUGAAGGUCGUACUGAUGUUCAUGAAAUAAUCCGGGAACCAAGCCCUUAUGGUGAUGAAAUGAGGUUUAAGUCCUUAACAGAGAUCGAUCAAGUUAUACUCCAGAGCAGUGAAACUCAGUCCCUCCUUCAAUCAUCAGAUUCUAAAUGUAUAGGAUCAUCUUCUACAUCUGCUCUCGAUCUAUAGAAGAAUAAUUUUGAAUUUCAUUGUAGUUAACUUCUCGUUGACAGCAACUUUGCUAAUUCAUGCAAGUACAAGGAACAGAACCGAACAGCACUGUCUUAGGUAGUGCUAUAGUAAAAUGCUAGACCAUAAAUGCUAGACCAUUACGGAACUGUCUUAGGAAGUAAUUUAAUAAUUUACCAUUUAGUGUCAGAAUGUGUUCAGACAAUUUAAAGAACACAAGAAACACAAGGACCGUAAAUGGAUAUUCGUGCUCGGUUUUGCUGUUUUCCUAUUGUUUAUGUUCAAUCAGCUACUAUUACUCUUUGUAGAAACUGGGCCAUAACUGUUAGAUACUUGGUUAGUUAGCUGUUGUUUCUGGGAGGUCUACCAGCUUGUAGCAGAUUCAGUCUGCUACCUUUGAUAAAAUCUUCAGCUAUACAAAAAAAAAAAAAAAAAAAAAAAA